AGCCUUAUUUCCCCCCCUUGGUUUUUCCCUCGUUAAAUUUGUACUUAUAAAUACAUACCACCACUACAUUCUAUCCUCGCCAAAUCGAUCACAACAGCGUUAAUUCCGUGUUCUUCUUGGAUCAACAUCAUCGUACACCAUGGUUAAGCCAUCAAACCCGCCUCUCUCCCACGGCUACGCGGAGCUCCUCCGCGCCUCUCCGUUCAAAUCUCACGCCGCGGCACAGGCGGAGGAGCGCCGCGGCGGCCAGGAGCUUCCGUUGAUAGACCUGGGCGGUUUACGAGGCGGCGGAGAGAGGGAGAGGGCGGAAUGCGCGGCGGCGAUAGCGAGGGCUUCGUCGGAGUGGGGGUUUUUUCAGGUGGUGAAUCACGGCGUGAGGGGUGAGGUGUUGGAGAGAAUGAGGGGCGAGAUAGUGAAGGUGUUCGGAGCGCCGUUUGAGAAGAAAGCCGUUUCUGGGCUGCUCAACAACUCUUAUAGGUGGGGGAACCCCACUGCCACUUCGCCUACUCAUUUCAAUUGGAGUGAGGCUUUCCACAUCCCUCUCACCAAGAUUUCGGAAGAAAAUUGUUAUGGAGACUUCACAUCUUUAAGGGAAGUGAUGAUUGAAUAUGCGAGUGCAAUGCAAGAGCUAUCCAAGUUGCUUGGUGGAGUUUUGGUGGAGCAUUUGGGCCACAGGAAAAAUUUGAUCGAUCAGAUGUGUGAUGAAAACACAUGUUUUUUACGCCUAAAUCACUACCCUCCAUGUCAGAUAUCGUCAGAGGUUUUUGGCUUGAUGCCUCACACGGACAGUGAUUUCCUCACAAUCCUUCACCAAGAUGAAGUCGGUGGGCUUCAACUCAUGAAGGACUCCCGUUGGGUGGCUGUCAAACCCAUCAAGAAUGCACUCAUUGUCAACAUUGGAGAUCUUUUCCAAGCUUGGAGCAACAACAUAUACAAAAGUGUGGAACACAAAGUGAUGCCUAAUGGGAAGGUUGACAGAUUCUCAAUAGCUUACUUUCUUUGUCCUUCAUAUGAUUCUGUGAUAGGGAGCUGCCAAGAACCUUCCAUUUAUAGAAGUUUUACAUUCAGAGAGUAUAGAAAUCAGAUACAAGAAGAUGUCAAAUUGAUUGGCCAUAAAAUUGGUCUCUCAAAAUUUAUGUAUUAAAUCGGGUGUUAGUUUCUUCUUAAUCCAAUCAUCUUUAACCUAAUUAAUUAGUUGUGCCAUAUACAACCAAUCUAUAAUGUUAUAGUACCCACCGAUGUUAUAUAUUUCGUAUACUUAUAUUUUCUUUUGUAAGUUAUAAUGCCGGGUGGUCAUCACCACUAUGUAUAUGGUUUCAGCCUGAGGUUCCCACUCCUUUGUAAUAAAAAAGAAAAGAGGAGAUAUUAAAUAUAUUAAGUAUAUUUACGACA